UAAACUCUGUGACGAAUGAAAAACGAAAUUGACAUCAGAGAGGUAUUAGUAAAUCUUAAUUGGAUUACAGAAUGGCCGGUGUGUGACACAAUUCGGCGAAGCGUGCUAGUGUGAAACCGUGGCAAAAGGAUUCAGGAUUAUAUCUUGGCCUGUAGGCCGAAAAACGGUACCGGUGAAAAUUUAUGAAAUGUCUGGGAAUGGUUCGCGGUUAGAUUCCUUCCACACAGAGUUGCUAAUAUAUCUGUUAUUUCUGCUGACGUGUUGUUGUUGGACGAAGCCAGUAAGAAGAAUGUGUGCCGACCCCGAAGCAAUCGAUUUACUAGGCUUAUCUCUGAGUUCGACGGGCACUUUUCCAAGAGGAGUUGAAAUUGUGACAGAUGGUGGAAGAAAAGGAUACAAAUUUGCUCCUGAAUCAAUAACGACAGGGAUGCCAGCUUCAACAGUGUUAAAUAAAUGUAAAUAUUUUCCAACGGAAUUUUCGUUCGUUAUUUCCUUCAAAUCAUCCACACAAAGACUGGACAGUGAAUAUUUAAUGACCCUUCUUGGUCCGGACAGAGAAACAAUACUAAUGGCAAUACGAACAAAAAAAGACUCUUUGUAUUUUGAUUUCCUCGACAAAAAUCAACCAAAAAGACAAACAAUAGGAAUAAAAUCUUCAAUUCUAUCUGACGGUUCUUGGCAUGACGUCAUAAUCGCGGUAUCGAAUACGGAUGUCACUUUCACCAUCGAUUGUGGGACGCCCUUUACUAGGUCGCUGAAAGCUCCGUUUCCAGAAAGACUUGACACUCAAAACGGACAUUUCUACAUAGCUAGUAGAAGAAAGAAGAGAAAUCGAUUCACAGGUAUUCUUCGUCAGCUGAAAUUACUAGCCGGAUCAGAUGCAUCAUAUUACCUUUGCUCUACCUCGCCUUCAAAAUCAUCUAAUUAUCCGGGAUGGAUUGACAACACUGUUAGUAAAGAUCCAAAGAAUAAAGUUAUAGAAUUUGAAGAGGGCAACUCCAGACCUCAAACAUGUGAUACAAAUAAUAAAGGACAUUUCGUGUACAGACCAUCCACUGGACAACUCGAAAUGUGCGAGGGAACAAGAUGGAAGCGACUCGCAAUAGGUAACAUAGCUGAAGAACGACUAGACUACAUCGAAGAUUUUUUAAAUUUAAAAACGAAAAGCAAAACUCUAGAUUUCGAAGUAUUUCGCAUACCGAGCGAAGGGCAAUUUCUAGCAGCUGCUAAUCAGGGUAGAGACAGAGAUAUGGACUCUACUAUAUAUAAAUGGACUAACGGAAAAUUCAUACCCUAUCAAAACAUAACUACAGACAGCGCACAAGAUUGGGAAUAUUUUCAAAUCGGAGAUGACCAUUUUCUAGCCUGCGCUAAUCAAGGUGCAGAUGAGAGGUCGCCAUAUGCAACAAGUACUGUUUAUAGAUGGUCGUCUUCAAAAAAAAAAUUCAUACCUCAUCAAUACUUUCGUACUUUUGCUGCUCAAAGUUGGGAAAGUUUUGAAAUUGAAGGAAAACACUACCUCGCUGUAGCGAAUUUCGGAGGAAGUCAAAAUCCUGACGUAUCAGGUUCGAGUUUACGAAUUAAAAGUUGGUUAUAUGAAUGGAAUCCUGAUCACAGAGCUUUUAUACAAUAUCAGGCACUCAAUACAAUAGGCGGCGUGGAUUUUGAAUACUUCGAAGUAAGCGGGAGACAUUAUCUUGCUGUAGCGAAUUCGUAUGAUGGAGACGAUUCUAGACUCCAUAGCGUCGUCUACCGGUGGGAAUAUUCAAAGUUCGUUCCACUGCAAUAUUUAGAAACUGUGGGUGCACAAGAUUGGGAACAUUUUGAGAUUAAUGGAAAACAUUUUCUUGCGGUGGCAAAUUACUACGAUUAUCGGAAAAAAUCGUAUACGAUCAAUUCAACAAUUUAUCAAUUAUCGGAAUCGGGGAAUCGAUUCGAUAAAAUUCAAGAUAUCCAGACAACCGGGGCGUUGGACUGGGAAUUUUUCACAGUUGGAAGAGAUUCAUUCAUUGUAGCUGCCAGUUCAUCUGACAAUAAUGCAAAACUAGACAACAUCAUAUACAGGUGGCAGGGCAUGGAACACUUUGUACCUGUGCAUUCAAUUUCAGUUAGUCCUUCGUCAGAUUGGGAGGUUUUCAAAACGGAGAACGGAAGACAAUUUUUGAUAUCAGCAAACGUCAAAGGAAAAAAUAGUAAAAUAUUAGAAUUGAUAACAUAUUAAUUAAUCUAUUUUUGUGAAACGGACAUAUCUUUAUUAGUGGCGUUGGUGGCAUAGCUUGUGUAAAGACUUUUUCGGAGUGAAAUAAAGAGUAUGUGUCUUGCUUUAUGCAUAGUGGGUUUGAGGUUGAAUCCCUGAAUUUGCAGAAUAAUCAUAUUUAGAUAUAACGCUUUUGUGCUGUCAAAUGAUUAUUUUAUUGAUAAUACUAUUUUACCUCAAAACAAUUAUGAGAAAACAAAUAAAACUUGUUACCCAAAUGAAAAAUAAUAAUACUUGAUCCUUGGUAAUUCAAAAAAAUUCGUGCAGUUUUCAAUGCUCUAUAUUCAUUCAUAAAUUUUCCUUUUAUUUAACUAUUUUUAUCACCAUUUUAUUUCCACGUAAUGUAUUUCAUUUCAGCAUAAUUUUUUUUUUUGUUCAAAACACCAAUUAUUUUGGAUUGAUUUUCAAGGUGUGAUCUUACUUUUUCUUUUUAUUCAUCAAUAUAAUUCACCACUGCACAGUGUCCUAAACAACCACAGUUCGCUUGGAUUAGACCAGUGGUUCCCAAACUUUCAGUAUCAUGGAAAUUUUUGGGACCUCCUGAAGUAUGAGCACCAAGGUGGCGCACAACCUGAACUCAGGUUGUGUACCAAGUUAGGGUUCAGGUUGUGCGACAUCUUGAUGCGCAUACUUCAGGAGUAGGCCUUCCCCUUUUAUGAUAAUUUGCCUGAUAAUUGCAGGCCCAUUAAAACGAGGGCUGUGGAGUCGGAGAAUUGACUCCGGGUUAAAAAAUAUUGACUCCGACCCCCGUCUCCGGAAUAACAAAAGGUUCGACUCCAAGUCAGAACUCCGAGAAACUUUGGCGUAUGCAUAACUUUUCAAUACUGUUUAACACCCAGUACAAUUAUUUUCAAACGUAUUUUAUCGGAUCCAGGAAAUUCAGAAUUUCAUUGUUAUCAUUGGAUAAGCAACCCAUAACCAAAAAAGUAUGAAAUGUUCCAUUCUGUAGACGGUUGGGAACAUCUGACUUAGACCGCCAUAUCAUACAUGCCUAACCAUCGACAUUGGCAUUAAUAAAGUGUGUAUUUUGAGCUCUAGCGUAAUGAGAAAACAAUGCUUUAAUUAAAAUUAUCGCCGAUUGUCACUAAAUUACAUGAUAACAAUGUCGGAAUUGUAACAUUUCAUGUUUUUAUAUCUUGCACUUAUUCCUGUUCAAAUUUUACUGGUAACGCAUUUCUAAGUUGGUCAUAUCAGUACGACCAGUGAGGCCCUUUGCACUACGUGAUUACUGAAAUAAUAUUUUUUUGGUGUCGUUAACAUUAUGCUCUCGAAUAAUGUAAUGCCUUAUCUGUGAAUUUACCCGAGUCGACAUUCAGGUCGUGUCGAUCAGAGAAUUGGUCUGGCUGUUAGUUGAGUACUAGUAUGAGUUAGAUCACAUUUAGUCGAGUUGAGUCAAUAACUGUAUCCUUACCAAUAUUUCACAUUUGUUGGCAUUUUUCUCUAUAACAGACCUUCCUAAUGACUUCAUGUCCGUUUAACUGAAAAUGAGAUACGAGAUCACAGCUUGUGAAAUUUUUUUUUGAUUGAAGAAUCAAUUAGAAGGUUAAUUAUAUAUGUAAUAAUACCAAACCUUUUUAUUACAAACAUCUAUCUACCUGUUUAUUUCUUUCAUUUUUCGUUUUUUUUUCUUAUCGUCCACUGCCACUGUUAUUUGAAAUAUAAUAAUAAUUAAUAUUUUUCAUUCGUAUGGUAUCAUGUUUGUCAUUAUCUCAUAGUUUUAAUUUAUUUUCAUUGCAUUCUCAUUCAGCAUAUUAUUAUUAUUAUUAUAUAUUUUUUCAUUUUGUAUUAUUUUCUUACUGUUGCUAUUAGAAUAUGUUACCAUCACCUUCGAAAAAUAAACUGUUUUGGUUUUUGAUAAUUUUUUUGAUCACGGAUAUGAAAUUAUGGCACUCCGCAAUAAAAGUGUU